UCUGUCCUCGCAGCCAUCUCUGGUUCAGCAGCUCUCCGGGCCCCUGCACCAGGCACUUUGGGGUGCACGACAACCCGGGUGACUCUGCUGGAUUCUCCCAGAGCCCCGACCCCCGCGAGGGUGGGAGCGAGUGCCGGGGCAGCACCGGGGCUGCUGUCGAAGGAACUGCAGCAUGGGAGAAGCGGGUUUGUUUGUGCCAUCGGAAAGGGGAAGCGGUGAGAUGGUUGAGCCAGAGGCCCUCGUGAGCAAACCGGCCGCACAGCUGCUUCUUCCCCGAUGAGUCUCCGCUUCUUGCUUUGCUCCAGCAGCUGGAGAAGAAGCCAGGGCUGUCAGGUGCAAGCGUGCACGGGGAACCCGCCACAGAGAUGCCUCCAGCCCUCCGGGGUCCGACUGCAAGCCAUGCUUACGGGAAUUCACUGACCACAGCACCCCUGCUUUGGAGUAUCCCAACCCCAAAAGCUUCCUCCCAUCCCUGAUUGCUGAGGAUGACACCUUCUGCACCAGCAUGGCUGAACAAAAGGAGGACUCAUCUUCCACAGAGCUGGAUGUCCCAGCAGCAGACUUGCACAGCAGCACGGAGGAUCUCCUCUCAGACUCUGCUCUCCAUGGCACGGAGUAUUACAGAGAUCUGGGACUCCUGAGCCCGCCAGUUGCCAAAACAGCACCAGAGACGGCAGUGCAGCCAGAACAAGCAGCCCAGGCUGUGUCUGCCAUUUGCUUAUUGGAAGAGAGACCAGGGGCUCUGAGAAAAAUGUCUGUGGAUGUUGCUUUUUCCAAUCCCGUUUCCUGCUCGGUACGUUACGGCGAGGCCGACUGCCGCUUUCUGAACAAAGGCCACAUUUGCUCCUGUGCAGCGGUGCCAGAAGAUGGUACCAGCACUUCUGAGUGUCCUGCAGAGGCAGACAAAGAGCUGGACCUGCAGAAGGCCAAGGAGUCCUUCCCCACGCUGGUGAGAUCUAUGUCUACCUCUCGGAGGCACAGCUGGGAGAGCCCUUUAUCACCUGUGGACUGCAAGCGCAGGUUCAGCCUGGAUGCCACAGAGAUGGGCAGUGACCCAGAGCAGGAGGAUGUGGAGAAGAGGAGUCAGUCCUGCCCACAGCCUCGCGUGUCCCUUCAGCUGCCCAAAGGGGAACUGGAAACCUGGAGCAGCGGCAGGGGUGGCAUGGUGAUCAAAGUGGAGAUAGAGCCAUUGUGCCCGAACCUCACAGUCAGCUCUGGCUUGGAGGAGGUGGAACAUGGCAGCAACGGGAAGAGACUGAGGUCAAAGUCUGUCCCAUCAGUCUGUGAGACGGUUGCCUCCCCUCAGACACCUUGCAGUUUUGACACUUCUCUUCCAGCCGUGGAAGGUGUUGAACCCCCUGCUCUGGAGAUGCUGGAGAAGGACCACGUGUCCCCAGACCACGUGCUAAUUGUCCAGCAGGUACUUCAGGAGCUGAAACAUUACCAUGGGGCGAAGCAGAGAGCUUGUGUGCAAGAAGGCAGUGAUUCUUCCCAGCAGAACCUCACCUGGUUUGAGUUCCUGUCUAAUGAAAAUGAAGAUAGUGGAAAAAGUGAUAAAGCAGAGAAAGGAACGAAGGUGAUGCGACGUCUGAGUUCCCUGCGGAGCCGAGUCACUGGAUCCUGGCAGAAGGAUAAGGGUAAGAACAAAGAGCAGCCAAAAGAGAGAGAGAAGGAGAAAGAGACAAAGGAGCCAAAAGAGAGGUGGAAAGAGAUCAAUAGGCACCAGCUUGUGCCAGGGGUUUUCUCCAGUUGCACCAGCUGCUCACUGUGUGCCAAACCUCUUGUGAAUAAAAGUGGUCUGCAGUGCCUGAAUUGUGCAGUGAAUGUCCAUAAGAACUGCAAGAGUUUACUGGCUGAAUGCAGCAGCAUCAGACCCAAGCAGAAAGAUUUGCAGCACAGACCUUCUGGAUCUCCACAAAGUUCGCCCCAGUGCAUUUCCCCAGCUGCUUCUUUGAAGGAGCAGCCCCGAAGUCUUCUCCUGGGACCGGAUGGCACCCCAGUACUAUCACGGAAUCUCGGUAUGACUAUCGCCCAAAGAGGAAAUUCUCAGUCUUCAUUGAAUACUGCUGGAGCUGUUAAUAAAUUUGGACUAAUUUCAGGAGACAUGGAUGAAGGGGAUUCAGGCUUUAUAAAAUUUAAGCAGACUUCAGAUGACGUUGUCUCGCUUGCACCUUCAACAGCAGACUCCAUUUUUCUGGAAGAUGCGUAUUCUGUAUCACUCCGAAGUGAAAUAGAAACAGAUGCUCAUGAGUUUGAGGCGGAGUCUUGGAGUGUUGCAGUGGAACAGUCUUAUGCAAAAAGGCAAAAGAAAGACGUUAUAAAAAGGCAAGAUGUCAUUUAUGAACUAAUGCAGACUGAAAUGCACCAUGUUAGGACACUGAAAAUAAUGCUGAAGGUAUACUCCAAAGCCAUGAGAGAGGAACUGCAGUUCCCAAAUGCAGUCAUCAACAAGCUCUUCCCCUGUGUGGAUGAGCUGCUGGAGAUGCAUGGGCAAUUUCUGCUCCAGUUAAAGGAGCGACGAAAGGAAUCCUUGGAAGAAGGCAGUGACCGAAAUUAUAUAAUCCAGAACAUUGGAGACCUCUUGGUAAAACAGUUUUCAGGUGAAUAUGGGGAGAGAAUGAAAGAAAAAUAUGGUGUGUUUUGUUGUGGACACAAUGAAGCUGUUAGUCACUAUAAAGACCUGCUCCAAAGCAAUAAGAAGUUCCAAAACUUAAUAAAGAAAAUCGGCAACUGUUCCAUUGUGAGGAGACUUGGUGUUCAGGAGUGUAUUCUUCUAGUUACACAACGCAUCACCAAAUAUCCAGUCUUGGUGGAACGUAUUAUUCAGAAUACAGAAGCUGGAACUAGAGAUUAUGAAGACCUGACCCAGGCCCUUAGUUUAAUUAAGGACACAAUCACUCAUGUAGAUGCCAUGGUAAAUGAGUGUGAGAAGGGGCAGCGCCUUAAAGAGAUUAUGCAUAAAAUGGAGCUAAAAUCAUCUGGGAAAUGCAAGAAUGGGCUUUUCUUCCGGAAGGAUGACAUGGGACAGAGGCGGCUUCUACUGGAUGGGAUGCUGUACUGGAAAGCUGCAUCAGGGCGACUCAAAGAUAUUCUGGCAGUCCUGUUAACUGAUGUACUGUUGCUCUUACAAGAAAAGGACCAAAAAUACACAUUUGCAUCAGUGGACUCUAAACCACCAGUUAUCUCAUUGCAAAAGUUGAUUGUAAGAGAGGUAGCUAAUGAGGAAAAGGCAAUGUUCUUAAUUAGCGCUUCCUUAAAAGGACCAGAAAUGUAUGAAAUUCACACAAGCUCAAAAGAGGAGAGGAAUUCCUGGAUGGCACACAUCCGCAGAGCUGUAGAAAGCUGUCCUGAUGAAGAAGGAGGAACAUUUAAUGAACCUGAAGCAGAGAGGAGGCUAGCUGAAGCAAGAGCUGCUAAGUUAAAAGACUUUCAAGAGCGUUUGAACAUGAAAGAUGACCUGAUUAUGCAAAGUCUAACUGAGAAGCAACAGAUUUAUCUAGAAAUGUCUGAAAUGAAUGGGUUUGAAGACCAUUCCCAAGGAUCUCGAUCAAGGCUACUUCUUCGGGGGGAUAUCUCAGAAAAUCUGCAAGGAGAGGCAAUUUUGAGGUCUGCAGUGACAGAAGCUGAAAAUCUCCAGAACCUUAUCUUCACUCACUUAGGCAAUGGAUCCUGUCAGCCGGAAGAUGGCUCUGGGUCAGGACUCCCCAGGAGAGCAGAGACCUUUGGAGGAUAUGACAGUAGUCCCUCAAUUUCAAAUAAAAGUGGUAGUUUUAGGAAGAACAGUGGUGGUGACCAGAGACAGUGGGACUGGAGAGGCCCUGCAGUAAGUUCAGAUGUGCAACUCCAUGACCUCCCUUCUGAUGCAGAAGAAGGAUCUCAAACCAGUGAUGUAACAAGGCUGGAUGACAGCAGUGGUUUUCAGCCCACCAUAGAGUCUCAGCUUGUCCAGAGGAUACAAACACUGUUACAGUUGCUCUUCAGUCUUCAGGCAGUGAUAUCUCAGCAGGACAGCUACAUUGAGAUGCAACGAGCCACCAUGGUGGACCGGGAGAAGCAAUAUCGGCUGCAGUCUACACGAGGCAAUCUGCUGCUAGAGCAGGAGAAACAGCGGAACUUUGAAAAACAGAGAGAAGAACUGAUGAAUAUACAGAAACUUCAGAGCCAGCUGAAGCUGGAGCAGCAACGCCUGGAACGGGAAAGGGGUCGGCAGCAGAGGGAAUUUGAAAGCACAGAAGCUCGGCUGCAGGAGCGUGAAGAGGAGACUCGGCAGCUGAGAGAGAAGUUGAAUCAGGACAGGGAAGAACUCGAGAGGCAGCGGGAGGCCUAUCAGCAUGACCUAGAGAGACUGCGGGAAGCUCAGAGAGCAGUUGAGAAAGAGAAGGAGCGUCUGGAUCAGCUAAGGAAGCUGAAGAAGCAGAACACAGUGUCAGGCACAUUCUCCCCAGAAAUGGGACAGAACCAGAUGCUAAGUCAUUCUGUUAGCUUCAAUGGAGAAGGGGUGGAACCAUCUCUACCCGUCUUGAAAACCUCUGUGAGAGUGAGCGUCUCUGGGAUGGAUUACCUGGAACGGCCAGACUUGGUUCGCAGGGACAGUACCAGCCUGGAGAAUCGUCCGGUUCUUGCAUUGAAGAAUGAAGUGCCAAUACAUCUCCUGAGUGCAACUAACCAGAUACAGAAACCAGCUGCAGUCCAGCAGCAGAUUCCUACUAAGCUGGCCACUUUUACAAAAGGAAGCAAAGAGAAAGGUGGGAAGAGCAAAGCAUCUCAUAGGACAGACAGUUCAGCAUCUGUUGAUCAGAAGCAGCUGCUUCCCCCCAGGCUUGUUGGACGAGAGGAGGGUGUCCUGAGGGGCAGACGAUCAGCAAGUCCAGUCCUCCCAAGCAGCCAGACCACUGCAUUCCAGCCAGAAUUGUAUGGCCCUACAGAUGCUCAGCCGGAAGCACUUUCAUCUGCCUCAGCGAACCUAUUCAAGCCCAAUAACAUUCACGUUCAGACCCUGGUGACCUCUCAGCCGAGUCUGUUAAAUGUGCAAGAUGAUACCAGCAAAGAAGAUGUGAUUUUCUUCUAAUUGUUUCCACUUAAAGAUUAAUCUU